CCCCACAUGAGCUCCUCAGUGUAGAUCAGGAUAAGAGCAUCAUCAGGACCAGGCGUGCAGGGUGUAGAUCUUACUGACCAAACCGACACGGUAGCGGAAUCUCCGCCUCCGCAACCAAACCAGUCUGAGAAGGGAGAAAUCUGGCAACUAAAAGAAAACCAUGGGGGCUCUCAGUCGACAGAAAUUCUUCGAGGAGCUUCCUCUGGGCUGCUUGCUUCCAACUGCUCAGCAGGGUCUGCUGCAAGUGUGGCAGCUGCUGAUCAUGUGUUUAGCUUGCAGACUCCUGUGGAGAAUUGGUCACCUGCCCACAUACAUAAAGCACCUCAGCACAAUUGCAUGUGGCUUUUACACCCUCUACCUGUUCUUUGAGUUGCACAUGGUGUGGGUGGUGCUGCUCAGUCUUCUCUGCUACCUCAUCCUCUUCCUGUGCCGCCACUCCAACACUCGUGGCCCCUUUCUUUCUAUCACAGUUCUCAUCUACCUCCUGCUGGGGGAGCUGCAUAUGAUGGACAUGAACAGUUGGCACAAAAUGAGAGGUUCUCAGAUGGUAGUUGCUAUGAAGGCGAUCUCUCUUGCCUUUGAUUUGGACAAAGGCACAGUGGAAAAGGUUCCCUCUCCAGUGGAGUUUAUGGGCUAUAUUUACUUUGUUGGCACUGUCAUAUUUGGGCCCUGGAUAAGCUUCAGCAGCUACAGGGAGGCAGUAGAAAGCAAAGAGAUUAGUGUCUCCUGGUUGGUGAAGGUGAUCAGCAGCUGGAUAAAGAGCCAGGUUUGCCUGGUGAUCUCCAACUGUGUUGCUCCUUACCUCUUUCCCUACUUCAUUCCUGUCUUUGGAGACAAACUACAGAAAAAUAAGAAGAGGAGAAAGAACAGAGGUUUUUUUGCAAGGUGGUUAAUGGGCUAUCAACACAGGAUGGGCUUCUUUUAUAGCAAUUAUUUUGUAAGCUAUUUGAGCGAAACCACAACCACACUGUCAGGUGCAGGCUUUACAGAAGAGAAGGACCACCUCAAGUGGGACCUUUCAAUGGCUAAUCCAAUAAAUGUUGAGUUUCCCAGGUCUAUGUCAGAGGCUGUUAUUUCCUGGAACCUGCCCAUGUCUCAGUGGCUCAAUAUUUAUGUAUUCAAGAAGGCUCUCAAAUUCGGGACAUUUCAGGCCAUCCUCAUCACUUACACAACCAGCACUUUGCUGCAUGGAUUAAGCUUUCACAUUGCAGCUGUGUUAUUUAGCCUCGCCUUCCUGACAUAUAUUGAGUAUGAAUUGAGGAAAAAACUGUCCAUUAUGCUAAAUGCAUGUGUCCUUUCCAAGAGAUGUCCAUCAGACUGCAAACACCAAAACAAGAAGGCAUUUUGGGUUUAUUUUAUUAAUGGAGCAUUUAGUGUGCUAGCAGUAUUGCACUUCACUUACCUGGCCUCAGUCUUCGGCUCAAGUGAUGAUGAUACAGACUCAGAUGAGGACGGCAUGGCCAAUCAUACUAUUUAUAAAUGGAGCGAACUGAACUGGACAAGUCACUGGCUGACCUUUGGCCUCUGGGUUGUAUACCGCAUUAUUAUGUAAACACAGACUAUGUAAAGAGAUUAGAUGGACAGGAAGCAAAGAUAAUUUAUAAUUUGCAUCUGCGGUGGUGGGCACCUCCACAUGACUUCACUGUGAAUUCCUCAUGCAUUGGAGGAGUAGAGAACUAAAACCUCUGACAAAUCUGGACUUUAUCUGAUCAUCAGUACAACAUCAGUAUGGACACACACAUGAGCACUAUUAGCACCAUUAGAACCAAGUUUUCUCUGUGGAUUCUUUAAACAAUUCAUUCUUCCAAGAGUAAGCAGCAAGACCUAUAAUCUACUUUCCUUCAUUGUAUGUAUAUAUAAUUUUAAAUAAUUAUAUCAAUAUUAGUAUAUAAACAAAUGUAUUAAUGAUUAGAUAAUGACAAUUUUAUUUAAUUUUAAUCAAUGAACACUGUAUUGCACAUGCAAACUUUUAAAGUAUUAUAUUUAACUUUGCAUUGUCUUUACACAAAUGAAGGAUUUUAAGGUAUUUUUAAAAGCAUUGCUUGGUGAGUUAAACUGGGGAACAAACCUUUGAUUUACACUUCUCCUUAAUUGGAACCAUAUCAUUCCACCAAUGAUUUGGAAAAAAUCACUAAAACCCACUUCCAGAUGGAUAUGGAUUCAAUCUGGCUCGCUUUUAUAUUGUUUAGGGUCACCUAGGGUGAUUCUCAAAGGCGGAGUAAAAAAUUCAAACCUGUGUAUUGAUUUAAUUGGAUUGAAUUGUAGUCCACAGAUUAAAUAUCAUAAACAUGCUGCCAUCAUAAUGCAGAUUUGUUUCAAGUAAAAGGGUGAUACAAAAUUAAAUGUUAAAAAUGCAAUAAUGUAGUAAAUAAAACCCAAAUCUUAGCACAUAUACAGUAUUAUCUAGGUUUAUACACCAACUGUGUGCAAAAUCCGAUAGACUUUAUGUCAUAUGAGAAAAUUAGGUUUAGUGUUUAGGGCGGGAGAUCCGACAAAUAUUUUACAGAUAACUACAGCCUGCAUUUGCCCAAUCAAAUAGAACUGGAUUUAUUUUCAUAGUGACUAUGAGCCCGUGCAGAUUGUAUUGUGUAUUUCAUAAUAAAAUGAAACUACUCAAGUAUUGGACUUUUUACCGGAUUUAAUAAGAUAUUUAAAUAUUAGGUAGAUGAUUAGCAAAUCCUAUUACUUAAUUUCUAUGUUCUUCCUCUUGUACUAAUAUUUUUAUCUUAUACAUUAUAGCACACACAUACACACAGGGUUGGGCAAAGAUACAGCAAAAUUUAUUUAAGAAAUAAACUACAAAAUACAACAGAUACACUAUAUACAAAAUAAGAUACUGUAUUUUUGUAUUUUAAAAAUUCUAAAAAAUACUUUCACAAGGGAUGAAAUUUCUGUGCAAACCAUUAAUUGGCAUAUUUGAUCUGUUCGGUUGAUUAAGUAAACUGAUUCGGUUGAUUAAUGUUUAAUAGCAACAAUGUUUAAUAGCAACAGCUUUUCUCUGGCCGAUUCACGCAAUAAAUCUGAAAUAUAUCCCAGAUUAAGGUUAGUUUUAAAGCUUUUUAUCUGUUAAGCUGUUUUUAAUCAACAGUUUAAUGUUUAACAGUUUGCGAAUGACUCAUAAUUGUAUCCUAAUUUAGUUACUUGGUGUUUGGUAAAGAAGGGCUACUUUGCAUCAGCAACACGGACUUAAUGACAAACAAGUCAUUCAUAAAAAGACAACUGAUGGCACCUCUAUUCAUAUCAACUAGUUUCUAAAUAGUUAAUCAUUUGAUAGUUAAUUAUAAAUAUAAUAAUAGAUUAUGUGUCAGGCAGUCAUUCAUGCAUUGGUGUGCAAAAUCAUGAUCCUACUAAACAGUUGCUUCAAAUAGGAUACAAUAUUCGGCAAACAAAUAUUUAUUUAUCAAUCAUUGGACACCUUUUUGAAAGCUGGCAGCCUGCACAUUUCUUACCUUCACCACCUUCUUCCAUAUAAAUACAUUCUCUGUUCUGAUUUCAACAAGUCUGGGCAAACUACUACUACUGAGUAGGCACCGAUCAGAGGCCGCAUUUUUAUGAUGUCAACAUGUAGAAUUCUAAAGUAUUUUACAGUAUUUUAAAACUACAAAAAUACAAAACACUAAAGUAUUUUGAUAGAAAAUAUAAAGGCAUUUUCAUCAACCCUAUCAAAUACAAUUGACA